UCGCGAUUGAAAAAUGAAAAUUAAAAACCCUAACUAAACCCUCAGAAUCAGAGAGAGAGAGAGAGGAAUGGCGAAGAACCCAAGCCGCGCGUUGUUGUACGCAAGAGCAGCGACGAGACGCCUCUGCACCGACGCCGUCAUGACGGAGACGGCAGCUGAAUCGAAGGUAGCCCAAUCUCCAUCUUCAUCGUCAUCUCUCUACCGUCGAUUGUCGGGAUUGGGGGAUGCCAGCAGCGGGACUGUCACUAAGACGCUCAACAAAUGGGUGAGAGAGGGCAAAUCCGUCAAGAAAUACGAAAUCGAGAAAUACGUCAAAGAGCUCCGCAAGUACAAGCGCUACAACCAAGCCCUCGAGCUAAUGGAAUGGCUGGAAAGCAGGGGCACUAACUUGUCCUAUAGCGACUAUGCAAUACGCCUAGAUCUCCUGUCAAAAACCAAGGGUAUUACUGAGGCAGAGAAGUACUUCACGAGCCUCUCAGAACCUGCAAAGAAUCAUUUGACCUAUGGAGCUCUGCUGAAUGCCUAUUGUGUGGAGAAAAUGCUGGAUAAGGCCAUGGCACUCCUUGAUAAGAUGAAGGAACUAAAUUUCGCUUCCACUUCUUUGAUCUACAACAAUAUAAUGUCGUUGUACAUGAGGUUGCAUCAGCCUGAGAAGAUACCCUUACUAUUCCAAGAAAUGAAGGCGGAAAAGAUCUCGCCAAAUGCGUUUACGUAUAAUGUUUUGAUGAAUAGCUAUGCUUCUUUGAAAGACAUCGAAGCAGUAGAGAGAGUUGUGGAGGAAAUGAAAGAGGAAGGCAAUGUUUGCUGCGAUUGGACCACGCAUAGUAACCUUGCUGCCAUUUAUGUUGAGGCCGGCAAUUUUGAUAAGGCCGAUGCGGCCCUUAAAGGGCUUGAGAAAACCAUCAACCGCCGUGAUCGCCAGGCAUUCCAUUUCCUUAUCUCCUUGUACGCACACACUUGCAAUUUAGCAGAGGUUAAGAGGGUAUGGGAGUCUCUGAAAUCAACCUUUCCGAAGACCACCAACUUGAGCUAUCUUGUCAUGCUUCAGGCUCUUGCUAAAUUGGGUGAUUUUAAUGCCCUCGGGAAGUGUUUUGAAGAAUGGGAACUGGGCUGUGUGAGCUAUGAUGUCAGGUUGGUGAACGUUCUGAUAAGUUCUUACCUCAGGCGGGACAUGAUUGAAGAAGCGAAAUCACUUUAUGAGAGCACCGUAGUGAAGGGGCCCGGCCCCAACUUCAGGACAUUGGAGAUGUUCAUCGAGUUCUACUUGAAAAAUGAUCAGAUUGAUUUGGCUAAGAAGCAUUUUGAGACAGCUGUGUCCAAAGCCAAGGACGAUGAGUGGCAGCCCAGUCAAGAAAAGGUGAGGGCAUUCUUGAAGCAUUUCGAGGAAUCGAAGGAUGUUGAUGGGGCUGAGGAGUUCUACAAGAAGUUGAAAAAGGUUAAUUGUCUUGAUUUGGAAGUCUACUCUUCAUUGCUUCGUACGUACAUAGCUGCUGGAAAAAUGGAGCCUUUGAUGCGUCAGCGGAUGAAAAUGGAUGAGAUUAAGAUGAACUCAGGAACAGAGGAGCUCCUUGGAAGCGUCUGCCCAGAGUAAGCUUUUCUUGCUGGAUAGGAGCUGCCCAUGGAGAUUGGCCAUUUCACCAUUCUGUGGACUCUGUGAAGAAUGGUAGGCCAUGUUUGGGUGGUCCCCUUAAUUGCCAGCGGUUUGAAUGUUUGACAGAUCUGGGAGCAUUUCAUUCUGAUAUGAAGUUUGUGAUGGUGUAGAAAUCAGGGACUGUUUCCCGACUUCACCACACUCGCUGACACUGGCACUGACACUGAUUUGGGGAACAUAUGUCGGAAAUUGGUGUCCCACCUAAUAUUGGGUUUUCAGUUUUCAUGCUGACACAGAUGCAGUGUGACCAUUCCUGCCAUAUUCAAACCAUUGUGAUUUGAGCCAAAUCCAAACGCACCCUUGAGAACUCAAAUCCCCUUUCCCUUAAAUGCUGCAGCAAAUUUGGAAUGCAUUUCUUUCUAAUCGAAGCAAUUGCAGAUCUUUAUCAACAGAAAAGCACAUUGAAUUUCAGUUACCUUUCUAAACUACA